CACAACUCACAUUAUUCUCUUCCCCCACCACAAACCAACCCAAAAAUCAGAUCAUCGACCCAACUUUCAUCAACUUUCUCUAUCCUCAACACCAUGACCAGACUGGUUUCUGAGACAAAUCGAGUCCCCCCCAUAUCUUACAGUCCGAAGCACCACCACAACAACCACAACCACCACCGCACCACCUCUCUUUACUCGCCAAAACUCUCCAUCUGCCUCCUCUCCACCUGUGUCACCCUCUUCAUCCUCUUCCAAAUCCAAUCCCUCCAAACCCCCCCUUCUUCAUGGUCCUUCAUCCACCACUUCCAAAACCCCAUAUUAAACACAACCCAAACCUCCACCACCACCACCAUCGCCGCCAAAUUCCAGCAAGCCGUCACGUUCCUCCCACUUAAAGACCUACGUUACACCCAAACAGCCCAACAAGGCCACACGUGGUUCAUGAGUUCCACAUACGACACACACGAACAAGGUGAGGUCCAAUUCCAACACUUCCCUUCAAAGGCCUCAAAAGGCAGGUUGUUAUGCGUCAAGGGCAACGACACACACGACGGCGCGUGGAACUCCUAUGCCUUGGCUUGGCCUGAAACUUUACCAGAAAAUGCAACCCACAUGGACGGUCUAACUUUUGUGUCGUACAAUCACUACAAUUAUGACAACAUAUGGCAUGGAUUAUCCGCUAUGGUACCAUUUGUAGCAUGGCAUAUAAAAAAUGAGUGUUCGAAAUUGCCCACUAGGUGGGUACUUUACCAUUGGGGUGAGCUUAGAACAAAAAUGGGACCGUGGUUGAAGAUUUUAAUGAAUGCUACUUUUAAUGGGUAUGUUGAUAUUGAAAGAUUUGAUGAUAGUGGUGGCGGAGAUAGGGCGGUUUGUUUUGAGGAAGCGGUGGUGAUGAGGCAUAACGAGGGAGGCAUGUCGAGGGAGAGGAGGAUGGAGGUGUAUGAUCUGAUGAGAUGCAAAGCGAGGUUGUACUGUAAUGUGAGAAUGGAAGAGAGUAGGGAAGAUGGAGGAAGGGGAUUGAAUUUGGCGGUGAUCGGGAUGACGAUGCUCAUGAGGACAGGGGCGAGGUCGUUUAAGAAUGAGUCGGCGGUGAUUGGGAUCUUCGAGAGGGAGUGUCACAACGUCGAAGGUUGCCGGUUCUUCGUUGCUCAUUCCAACAAUCUCACCUUCUGUCAACAGGUGAAGCUGAUGAGCUUGACAGACAUUUUGGUCUCACCCCAUGGAGCUCAAUUAACCAACAUGUUCCUCAUGGACAGAAACAGCAGUGUCAUGGAGUUCUUCCCCAAAGGAUGGUUAAAACUGGCCGGUGUCGGCCAGUACGUCUACCACUGGAUUGCCAGCUGGUCCGGGAUGAAACACCAAGGCGCCUGGCGAGACCCCAGUGGUGACCACUGCCCCUACGGGGAAGAUGACCGCCGCUGCAUGUCAAUCUACAAGAGUGGUAAAAUUGGAUACAAUGAGACAUUUUUCGCCGAAUGGGCUAGAAAUGUCCUUCAUGAGGUCAAGAUGAGAAAAAUGGAAAAAGCAUCAGAGAAGGGCAUAGCUGCAACUGCUAGUGGCUGUGCCUGUAGCUAAGUUGUCGUGCUCAAUACAUAAAAUAAAAAACACAAAAUAUACAGAGACACACAAUGUCAAUCUACAAGAGUGGAAAUAUGUUGGAUACAACGAAAUGAAAAAAUAUUGACUGUAGUAGUGACGUUAUCUUACAUGGUGUUAUCGGUCAAUAAAAAUCUACAAAUGAA